AUGGAUUUUGAAUUAGAGCCAUCACUCAAGUCGGUUAUCGAUCACGAGAGUCUCAAGUGGAUCUUUGUUGGAGGAAAAGGUGGUGUUGGUAAAACAACCACCUCCAGUUCGGUCGCCAUCCAGCUGGCUCUGGCUAACCCCAACAAGAACUACCUUCUAAUCUCCACAGAUCCGGCUCACAACCUGUCUGACGCUUUCUGUCAGAAGUUCGGCAAAGAUGCCAGAAAGGUUGAAGGCAUGGACAACUUAUCGUGCAUGGAGAUUGAUCCUAGUGCUUCUAUGCAAGAGCUGCAGGCCUCUUUCGGCGAGAGCGAUGGUAAUGAUCCUUUGAAAUCGAUAAUGGGCGACGUCAGCUCAUCGAUUCCGGGUAUUGACGAAGGCUUGUCUUUUAUGGAGGUAAUGAAACAUAUCAAAAAUCAGACUUCUGAAGACAACGAGGUUAUCAAGUAUGAUACCAUCAUCUUCGAUACUGCUCCAACAGGCCAUACUUUGAGAUUCUUGCAACUUCCUACAACAUUGGGCAAAUUGCUUAGCAAGUUCAAUGAGCUCAGUGGAACCUUAGGUCCAUUGAUGAACAUGAUGGGUGGUAAUCAGAAGCAAGAAAUAUUCGCCAAACUGAAGGACUUGCAAGAACAGGUGUCUGAGGUAAAUAAGCAGUUCCAAGAUCCAGAGCUUACCACUUUCAUUUGUGUGUGUAUCUCCGAAUUCUUGUCACUUUACGAAACCGAGAGGCUCAUCCAAGAACUGAUAUCCUACAACAUGGACGUGAACUCCAUCGUCGUCAACCAGCUGUUGUUCUCAGAUGAUCAUGACUGUCAGAGGUGCAAAGCCAGAUGGAAGAUGCAAACAAAGUACUUGGACCAAAUGGAUGAGCUCUACGAGGAUUAUCAUGUUGUGAAGAUGCCGUUGCUCGGAAUGGAGAUUAGAGGCGUUGAUAACUUGAAGAAGUUCUCCAAGUUCUUGAUUGAACCUUAUGAUCCUAAGAAGGAUGGUGCUCUUGUUUUUGACCUGGAAGAAAAAUAA